AUGAAAUGCAUUGGCUUCCUUUUCUUCUGGAUGCUGAUGAACACAAUAACAGAUGCCCGAUCAAUCCUGGAAGGAGACGAUCGAGAACCUGUGGCCAUGCCAUACUGGCCCUUCUCCUCCAGUGACUUCUGGUCCUAUGUAGAGUACUUCAGGACACUGGGAGCCUACAAUAGGAUUGCCGAGCUGGCCAGGGCCUUGUUUGCACAGCUGCCUGCAGGCAGCCACCUCGGCCUCCACCUGCCUGCAAGUGAGGACUGA